AACGCCCCCCCCCCACCCCCCCCCUCGCCUAAUGUAGCUUGUUAGCGCGGCAAUUAGCCUCCUCCUGUGUCCGCCCAAACACAACAACCCCGCCUCUAUGUCGUAAAUUGGACACUUUAAAUGGCGUACAACGGCCACCAGUGCGACGAUGACACCGCCGAACAGGACGAGACGCCCGCGAAGCGGCCGCGCUCCGACGGAGCCGCGCCCGGCCGCCUCCGAAGCGACGCCGACGGACGCGCCUCCUCCUCCGGCUACGUCUCCCACGCGACGCCGAGGCUUCAGAGCGACACGGUGAAGAAGAGCAGGCCACCCUUCCCCUGGUUUGGCAUGGACAUCGGCGGCACGCUGGUCAAGCUGGUCUACUUCGAGCCCAAAGACAUCACGGCGGAGGAGGAGCAGGAGGAGGUGGAGAACCUGAAGAGCAUCCGCCGCUACCUGACGUCCAACACGGCGUACGGCACCACGGGCAUCAGGGACGUGCACCUGGAGCUCCAGGAGCUGACGCUCUGCGGCCGCACGGGAAACCUCCACUUCAUCCGCUUCCCCACGCAGGACCUGCCCGCCUUCCUGCAGAUGGGCCGCAACAAGCACUUCUCCAGCCUGCACACCAGCCUCUGUGCCACCGGCGGGGGCGCCUACAAGUUUGAGUCCGACUUUCGCACGAUGGCCGACCUGCAACUCAGCAAGCUGGACGAGCUGGACUGUCUGAUCCGCGGCGUGCUCUACAUCGACGCGGUGGUGUCCAGCGGCCCGUCCGAGUGCUACUACUUCGAGAACCCCGCCGAGCCGGAGGGCUGCGUCCAGAGGCCGUACACCCUGGAGAACCCUUACCCCCUGCUGCUGGUCAACAUCGGCUCCGGCGUCAGCAUCCUGGCCGUCUACUCUGAGAGCGACUACAAGCGUGUCACCGGGACCAGCCUUGGGGGAGGAACCUUCCUGGGUCUGUGCUGCCUCUUGACGGGAUGCUCCACCUUUGAGGAAGCUCUGCAAAUGGCGUCGCAGGGCGAGAGCACCCGCGUGGACAAGCUGGUGCGGGACAUCUACGGAGGAGACUACGAACGCUUUGGACUGCCAGGAUGGGCGGUGGCCUCCAGUUUCGGCAACAUGAUGUCCAAAGACAAGCGGGAGUCCGUGUCCAAGGAGGACCUGGCCCGAGCGACGCUGGUCACCAUCACCAACAACAUCGGCUCCAUCACCAGGAUGUGCGCGCUCAACGAGAACAUCGAGCGUGUGGUGUUUGUGGGGAACUUCCUGAGAGUCAACACGCUCUCCAUGAAGCUGCUGGCCUACGCCAUGGACUACUGGUCCAAAGGUCAACUCAAGGCUCUCUUCCUGCGCCAUGAGGGUUACUUUGGAGCCGUGGGAGCACUCCUGGAGCUGCUGCAUCCGUCCUGAGGCAUCUGGAAGAAGGUCCUCCAACCAGCACUUUACUCCUUAUGGUCCACAGUCAUGAGGGAAAAGGUGACCCACGUCCCGCUCCCUGGCAGGGGUGUCCAAACGUUUCCCAGCCAGAAGCACGAGGUCCACGUUGAUGCAAUUUGUAUAUUAAAGAUGCUAAAAGGAAUCCACUGUAGGUGGAAAUAUGCUAAGUUAUUACAGGUGGCAAUGCAAAUUAAUGUAAUAUCAUGGCGCUAAUCAUUCAUUAGAUUUUUACCCAAACUUGUCUCACUCGUUAAUGCUGCACAAUUAUAGUUUUUAACAUGUUAUUAAUCAUAACUACUAUGUCAACAUCUCCCCAAACCUGUCCUAUACGUUUGUGCUGCAAAAAAAACUAAACUAUUAUAGUUAUUAUAAUAAUAAUAAUAAUAGAUUUUAUUUCUAAAAAUCACUUUACAUUGAGCAAACAACCUCAAAGUGCUACUGUGUAUAAAAAAAAAGAAAUAAAAACUAGAAUAGCCUAAUAGCUAGAACUGCAUAUAUCUAAAAAAAAAAAAAAAAUUUUUAAAAGAAGGGUUUUUAAGCCUUUUUUUUUAUUUUUUUAUUUUUAUUUUUUAAAGCAUCCACAGUCUGUGGUGCCCUCAGGUGGUCAGGGAGAGCGUUCCACAGACUGUUAAAUUUGUAUUCAUAACCAACUCCAUAAAACAUUGCAUGACUUAAAAACUAUAAUAGCUUGACCAAAAAUGUUGCUACCACAAUAAUUUACACAUUAGUACUGUAAAAUAGUAACUUAAAAAAAGUAAAAGCAAAAAUGGAAAAAAUUUUGCAGCACAAACGAACGGGAUAAGAAGAUUUAAAAAAAUGUUAACUUAAAAACCGUAACGGCAAAAAAUAAGUUUUUUCCAGCACAAAUGAAUAGGACAAGUUGGGGAGUUAUUGGCAUAGUAGAUGUCUAGUUAUGAUUAAUACCACAUUAAUUACACGUUAAUACCAUAAAAUGUUAACUUAAAAACCGUAAAAGUGCAAAUGAAAAUUUUUGCAGCACAAACGAAUGGGAUAGGACAUUUUUGACAUAAGGUCUAGUCAUGCUAUUAACAUGUUGAGCAUUGAGCAAAUUGAACUUUGAGCAAACGACCUAAAAGUGCUACAAUGUAUUUAAAAAAAAAAAAAAAAGGAUAAUAAAAAUUAAAACUACAACAGCCUAAUAGGUAGAACUAGUAUGCAUAUAUCUAAAAAUAAAUAAAGUUUAAAAAAAAAAGGGGGGGGUUUUAAGCCUUUUUUAAAAGCAUCCACAGUCUGUGGUGCCCUCAGGUGGUCAGGGAGAGCGUUCCACAGACUGUUAAAUUUGUAUUCAUAACCAGCUCGAUAAAACAUUUAAUAACUUAAAAACUACAAUAGUUUGACCAAAAAUUAUUUAAAAAAGUUAUGAUUGCUACCACAAUAAUUACACAUUAAUACCGUAAAAUAGUAACUUUAAAAAAGUAAAAGCACAAAUGGAAACAUUUUGUAGCACAAACGAAUGGGACAAGUUUGGGGAGAUUUUGACAUAGUUAGGGUCGAUUUAUGAUUAAUGACACGUCAAGUUUAUGUUAAUAAUUUAAAAACUAUAAUAGUUAGACCAAAAAAUUUUGCAGCAUAAAUAAAUAGGACAAGUUUGGGGAGAUUUACAAUGUUAGGGUUUACUUAUGAUUAAUAACACGUUAAUAACUUAAAAACUAUAAUAGUUAGACCCAAAAAUUUAGCAACAUAAAUAAAUAGGACAAUUUUGGGGAGAUUUUGACAUAGUUAGGGUCAAGUUAUGAUUAAUAACCCGUCAAGUACAUGUUAAUAAUUUAAAAACUAUAGUAGCUAGACCAAAACAUUUAGCAGCAUAAAUAAAUAGAACAAGUUUGGGGAGAUUUUGACAUAGGGUCGAUUUAUGAUUAAUAACACGUCAAGUACAUGGUGAAAAUUUAAAAACUAUAAUAAUUAGACCAAAACAUUUUGCAGCAUAAAUAAACAGGACAAGUUUGGGGAGAUUUUGACAUAGUUAGGGUCGAUUUAUGAUUAAUAACACGUCAAGUACAUGCUAAUAAUUUAAAAACUAUAAUAAUUAGACCAAAACAUUUUGCAGCAUAAAUAAAUAGAACAAGUUUGGGGAGAUUUUGACAUAGUUAGGGUCAAGUUAUGAUUAAUAACCCGUCAAGUACAUUUUAAUAAUUUAAAAGCUAUAAUAGUUAGACCAAAAAUUUUUGCAGCAUAAAUAAAUAGGACAAGUUUGGGGAGAUUUACAACGUUAGGGUUUAUUUAUGAUUAAUAACACGUUAAUAACUUAAAAACUAUAAUAGUUAGACCCAAAAAUUUAGCAGCAUAAAUAAAUAGGACAAUUUUGGGGAGAUUUUGACAUAGUUAGGGUCAAGUUAUGAUUAAUAACCCGUCAAGUACAUGUUAAUAAUUUAAAAACUAUAGUAGCUAGACCAAAACAUUUUGCAGCAUAAAUAAAUAGAACAAGUUUGGGGAGAUUUUGACAUAGUUAGGGUCGAUUUAUGAUUAAUAACACGUCAAGUACAUGCUAAUAAUUUAAAAACUAUAAUAAUUAGACCAAAACAUUUUGCAGCAUAAAUAAACAGGACAAGUUUGGGGAGAUUUUGACAUAGUUAGGGUCGAUUUAUGAUUAAUAACACGUCAAGUACAUGCUAAUAAUUUAAAAACUAUAAUAAUUAGACCAAAACAUUUUGCAGCAUAAAUAAAUAGGAAAAGUUUGGGGAGAUUUUGACAUAGUUAGGGUCGAUUUAUGAUUAAUAACACGUCAAAUACAUGCUAAUAAUUUAAAAACUAUAAUAAUUAGACCAAAACAUUUUGCAGCAUAAAUAAAUAGGACAAGUUUGGGGAGAUUUUGACAUAGGGUGAAGUUAUGAUUAAUAACCCGUCAAGUACAUGUUAAUAAUUUAAAAACUAUAAUAAUUAGACCAAAAUAUUUUGCAGCAUAAAUAAAUAGGACAAGUUUGGGGAGAUUUUGACAUAGUUAGGGUCAAUUUAUGAUUAAUAACCCGUCAAGUACAUGUUAAUAAUUAAAAAACUAUAGCAGCUAGACCAAAACAUUUUGCAGCAUAAAUAAAUAGAACAAGUUUGGGGAGAUUUUGACAUAGUUAGGGUCGAUUUAUGAUUAAUAACACGUCAAGUACAUGCUAAUCAUUUAAAAACUAUAAUAAUUAGACCAAAACAUUUUGCAGCAUAAAUAAAUAGAACAAGUUUGGGGAGAUUUUGACAUAGUUAGGGUCGAUUUAUGAUUGAUAAAACAUUAAUAACUUAAAAACUACAAUAGUUAGACCAAACACUUUUGCAGCAUGAAUGAUUAGGACAAGUUUGUGGGGCCAACUUGACCCAGGUGCACUUUGGACACCCCUGGUCUGGUCUUUGAUUGACAACAGUCAUCACGAUGAAGUGUAGCAAACAAAGGUCAGCCAUGACACUUCCUCCUCCCAAAUAAGACAAAGGACACAGAACAGGAUCACCCAAAAGAAGUCCACCAGACACUGGAUUUGUGUUCUCGCCGGGACACGAGCGCCAUGAGGUUUUAUGUUACUGCGGUCGCCACGGUUACGGCAUCUCGAUGUUUACCAAGUCGCUGCUGCGUCUUUUCUCAACCGGUCUUUUUUGUGUUUUUUAUGGACUGGUUAGGCACAUUUAACGGUAAGCACACACACACACACACGUGUCGGUUUUAUGGACACGCAUUGUCCCGUUAACUCCAUUUUCAUCUUCUAAUGUUAAGUGCCUGCCUGAUGCUUUCACGUUAUUUGCAGCGACAAUCACAUUUUUUUACUGUGACUUUUAAAAGACAAAAGCUCUUAUUUCUAGUUCAGAUUUGGCACUGAAAUGCCAUUAUUUCCUAAUAAAUGUUCCGACUUUU